GUCCUUAGCGCUGGGGGAUUUGGGUUGACGAUGAACGGUUCAGUAAAUACGGGACAAUUAAAGUUUGGGAUAAGUGUGCCACUUAGGGGACGGGUCCAAGUUGGAACAGUCCGAAACUUUCUUUAGCCCAUUCCAGCCUUUUCCCGUGAAAUGCGCCCUAUCAUCAAAGUGUAGUUAAACGGUUAAUCUCAUGUAGCUCUUCUCCCAAAUAUGCGAAAAUGCGAUGGCACUCAGGGCUUUUUUGGCACGGCAGCACUUGCGAGAGCCGGUUGUAAAGAAUUGUGCCUUGUUGUGCUCCCACCCCCCGCUCCGUGCCGCACUGGUUCCGUCUGGCUCGCCCUCAGCUGCUGCGUGUCCUGGGAUGACCUGUUGAUGUCGGUAGAAUGGAGAAUGGCAGGGGGAGCGAUUUCCCCCAUCACCAAAAUAUUUAAAUAAGCAACAUUUGGGCUUGACAACCGGCGUCGCAGCACAGCUACCUCGUCCGCACAUUCAACCCUUUGGUGGUGUGCGUAGGCGCACCAUGGCCCAGACCCUCCAGAUGGCGAUCCCAAACUUCGGCAACAAUGUUCUAGAGUGUCUGAAUGAGCAGCGGCUGCAGGGCCUCUACUGCGAUGUCUCUGUGGUGGUCAAGGGCCAUUCCUUCAAGGCCCAUCGAGCUGUGCUGGCUGCUAGCAGUUCUUAUUUCCGGGACCUCUUCAGCAGCAACAAUAGUGGAGGCGGGAGCAGCAAUGAGACGAGCCCAACCGUAGUGGAGCUCCCAUCGGCUGUGCAGCCCCAGAGCUUCCAGCAGAUUUUGUCUUUCUGCUACACAGGCCGCCUCAGCAUGACGGUGGGGGACCAGUUUCUCCUCAUGUAUACCGCCGGCUUCCUGCAGAUCCAACAGAUCAUGGAAAAAGGCACUGAGUUCUUCCUCAAGGUCUCCUCCCCCAGCUGCGACUCCCAGGGCCUUCACGCUGAGGAGGCCCCAACUUCUGAGCCCCAGAGCCCCGUGACGCAGACCAGUAACAGUGCAGGCCGGCCUGCCUCAUGCCUGACGCCGCUCCCUCUGGUAUCACGAGUGAAGACAGAGCAACCAGCGAGCCAGCCGGAGGCCGCCACUCCUUACUCAGUGGUCUGCACUCCCGUAGCCAAGCGGCUGUGGGAGGGCGGCAGCAGCAGAGAUGGAGGCGGGGGAGGCUCAGGGGGAGGAGGCGGGGCCAGAAAGGCAGCCCGUUAUUCCCAGGAGGCGGUGCGGGGCAGUGCCAUUCAGAGCCCCGGAGCCCUCGGACUGGCCAUGGGUAUGGGUGCCAACGUAACCAGCCUGGCGGGCGUGGUGGCCAGUGGCGGGCUCAGUGGCAGCACUGGCACCAACGGAAACUCAGCGGCAGGUCUCGGCAUGUCAGAAGGAGCCAGCCCUGGCACCCUGAGCACCUACGCCAGUGACUCACCUAUCAGUUACCAUGAUGAUGAAGAAGAGGAAGAGGGGACAGAGGAAUGUGCUGAAGAGCAGUAUAGGCAAAUCUGCAACAUGUAUACCAUGUACAGCAUGCUCAACAUGGGAGCUGCAGCAGCCGGAGAGCGUGUCGAAGCUCUACCAGACCACACAGAGACACGGGGUCGGAUGCGAGGCAGAGACCUCACAUGUCUCCCCGCAGAACUCAUCGCUCAGAUAGGCAACCGCUGUCAUCCCAAACUGUACGAGGAAGGAGACCCUGCUGAGAAACUCGAGUUAGUCUCAGGUACUUCUGUGUAUAUAUCGCGAGCCCAGCUAAUGAACUGUCAUGUGAGCGCGGGGACCAGACACAAGGUGCUGCUUAGGAGGCUGCUGGCCGCCUUCUUUGACAGGAAUACUCUGGCCAACAGCUGUGGAACAGGCAUCCGCUCAUCCACCAACGACCCGAGCCGCAAGCCCCUGGACAACAGAGUUCUGCAUGCGGUCAAAUUUUAUUGCCAGAACUUCGCCACCAGCUUCAAAGAAAGCGAGAUGAACGCCAUCGCAGCCGACAUGUGCACCAACGCCCGACGCGUGGUCCGUAAGAGCUGGAUCCCCAAGCUGAAGCUACUGAUGGCCGAGAGUGACGCCUACACCGCUUUCCUCCCCGAUGGCGUCAAGAUGGAGGAUGACACCCUGGGGGCGGACCCAGCCUUUGACCCCGCCUCCCUGGAGGCCGCCGGCGGUGCCGGCAUGGAGUCAGGUGGCUCUUCAGGUGAAUCGCUACCAGGUGUGGGCGGGGACGGAGGACCGUUAUUUUGAACAUUGUGUCCGGGGAAGGUUAAAAUUUGUUGACACACAUACCAGUAUUCCCCAGUUCUGCUUGCCUCCUCACUCUUUGGCCCACGCUGAUCUCUCACAUCUGACUGUCUAUACUACACUGCUCGGGUCAACAGUUGCUGUUACCCUGAUGUAACCAGGACAUGAAAACUUUAAUUUUUGCUUUAUGACUGUACAAUGGAGUUAGUUGAGGAAAGGGAGAGCGUGAGAGGGUGUUUAGUUUUCUCCUAACUGCCCUCUGCCUCCCCUUGUCUUUUUAAGGUGUGUAAGCGCAUCCACUGUUGCAUAUUAAAUACAUUCCCUGAAACGCAGGUGAUGGGGGAGAGCCUGGGGAGGAAGGGAUGGCUGGAUGGACAGGUUCGGAGUAGAGGUGGCAAGUAUAUUGAAUGUAAGUGUCAGUGGCAGUUUUCUCUAUGCAACCCUGACAGCUUGUAUUCCAGCCUUGGAAAAGGAACUAAAUUUAAAACAGACACAAUAACAAACAUUAACACUACCUGCUCUUCCUCCCCUUCCACCUCUCACUCAUCACCCUGCAAAUAUUAGUCACCACACCACCUUUCUCGAGACCAGAGAAUCUCACCUGAGUGUUUCACUGUGCAGUGUCUUAUAGAAAUUUAUUUCAUCUUUUUCUGUUUUCUAAAUUUUUAGCAUGUUUCUCCGUCUAUGAACUGAAAAAGUGAUCCAGAGAGAAAGGGGAAAGCUUUUUACUGAGAUGAUUGUAAAGAACAUUUAAAGGGCAACAGGUAAUCAAAGAUGGUCAUAUUUUUAGAAGACAAACUAUAUUUAUACAAGCGCCCAUGCCUGGAACGGCGUGAGCAAAGAGAGUGAGAGGGAUUGUUUUAAAAUCUCUAUCUUCGUGUUUUAUUGAAAGAGGUCUUGUCAAAUAAGGAAAAGUGCUAUUUUUGCAUAAAAAAAGGAGUAUAAUAAAGCAGUCUUAUCAUAGGACCCUUAGUCGUUUAUUUUUAUCUUUAUUUGACAGUUCAGAGUGAUGGAAUGAGCAGUUGAACUGCUAAAUUUGAAGCAUUUCAUCUUCUGUUCACUCGCUUAAAAGGAAUAAUAAGACUGAUUCAGCUGGCUUGACUGUUGUCUAUGAUAACCAUUUCCUGUUGGGUUGCCAACCUGCAAAGUUUGCCUCCUUCGAUAAAACAUUGGCCCACAAUUUUAAUGAUCACUUGUAGAAAUCUAAAGGUUGUAUUGAUCUGACAGCUCGGCUAGUUUCUUCUUUGUACUGAAAUUAUUGGGGGGAAAAAAGCUGCUGACAAAUGCAGAAGUCACAGGAAACAAUUAUGGGUAUUGGUAUGUGCCUUUUAAUUGAAAUCAAUAAGCAGAAGCUUGGCGGGUACAGUGAUGUCACGAGGAGGCAAUCUUGCUCAAAGCAAACAGGUUUUAUGGUACUAUCCAUGUGUGUGUGAGACACUUCUUUGGUGAGGACGGAGAGCCUGUGUCGCGCGGCUGUGUCUGUCAGUACGUAGUUUAUUCAUGUAUCUAACACAACACCUCUUUAAGAUGGAAAUUCAAAAUGGCUGACAGUUUUAUUUUUCAAGUUUGAAAUGAUUUUUGCACCUUCCACCAGAGUGGAGGUUUCUGCACCUUAAUGAGAAGAACCAGUGGUUCAUGCACCUUUUUUGAGAAAUGUUGUGUAGCAAUUGAACCCCUUUAGGUGGAAUCUGUCUUUACUUCUCCCAUGUCCGCCUGCGUUUUCUUUUUUAAAAGUGGCACAAAUUCCUACUGUACAUAAUCGAGAUGACUGUUGAGUUAAAUCCCAAGUGUUCUUCCUUUCCGUUGCUGGAUGCAUCUGAUUAUGAAAUGUUGACAACUGACCUUUUUCUGUGUGUGAGAGUUCGUGUUUGCUAGAAGCUUCUUGGAUGACCUGUACGGGGUCAGCACAGAGGAUUCAUUAUUCCUCCUGCAGGUGGACACAAAAUGGUCCGGGUGUGACUUAGGAAUGUGUUCUUAACCUGAAAUGCUCCGAUUGAUUACUUUCUCCUCUUUGGGGAGCAUUUCUUUAAAGGUUCUAUUUUUCCGAAGACGGGUAGAGGGUGAAAAACGUGACGGAAUUUAUGUUUCUUCUUCAAAGCGGUUGAGUCACUUAUUGAAAAGAAUACCUAGAAGCAUAAUAGAUAUAGCUCAGCCUAUUUUCAUUUUUGAUUCAAAUAAUAAAGACGAGUUUAGUGAGAUGGUUUGAUAUAUGGACAGAACAAAAAUGCAGUACCUUCUAAGUAUUCUGUAUAUUCUGUAAAGGGUAAUGACGACAAAACCUCAGUAUGCUCUGCAUUUGACUGUAAAUGCCACAUGAGCACCCCUCCCCCACAUACCUCUCCAGUAUCUUUGAAGACUGUUGUGCUUCCUGUCCAUGCAGCUGGUGUCGUGUUUCACUUCCACAAGUUUAUUCAUGUGUAUCAGAGAGAGGCAAAGCAGUGGUUUUUGGUGGCUAAAUCUGAAUUAGAAUAUGCACACUUGAUUUGCUUUGUGGCUUUUGGACUGUGCCAAGUUUACAGUUUGACUUAGAUUACAUCUUCAUGUUUUCACCCAAUAUGUUUUAACAAUGACAUAAAUCAGUGUGUUUUAAGUUACUGUAAUCCCUUAAAUAGUUUUCUGGCAUAUUACAUAUUCAGAAAAUUUCAGAUUUUAAAUAUAUCAAACCCAAGACUUUAAAGUAAAUCCACUAUGAUACCAAAUUCCUAGAUAAUUGCUUUGUGUAUAAAGUUAAAGGACCGAGACACAUGCCCAUCAUUAGAACCUCUGAAUUUAAUUUAGUUAAUUUAUAGGGACAUUGAAUCAAGCAAUGAUAUUAAAUUAUAUUCUCUUAGUAUGUUUUUUAACAUAAUGGCUACUAAAUCAGUCAAUGUUUCUGCCCUAGAGACAUACAUCCAGGCAUGACAACAGCCAAAUUACUGUUUAAAUGCACCCUUCAUAGACAUAUUAAUGAAAUCAGAGUGUAAUAACAAUUAGUUCUACUAGAGUUUCCCACAGAAAAACCAAAAAAAAAAAAACGUAAAGACAAAAACUGAAAAAAUGAAGCCUUUAUUUUGGGUGGGACGCAGGGGUUACAUCUCCCAAUAUUUAGACCGUGCAUUUGCCCCCCUCUAAAAAAAAAAAAAAAAAAACAUGAAAGCAUCAGAGGACUUUUACUUUGGCGUAAUUAAAGACGUUUACACCAUAAAACGAUGCAGAAAAGGCACAAAUCGGUGCACUGAAAAUCACCAGAAAGCAGGAAAUGAAGUGUUUAUGCCCUAAAUCCCCCGUUUCAUAUGUGUCGCCCACUCGACAAUAUUGAAAGGAAACCUCUGCCCCUGUUUCUUACAGUAAUCAUGUUACACAGUGACCUCCUAAAUGACUUGGAGUCUGUUCUGAGUCACUGACGAGCUGAAAUAACACCAGUGAAUCAGCACUGGUUCCAAGGAAGCCACGUUAAUCUGCUGUUGCAACACAGCGGCCCUGUCCCAAUCCAGAAAUGUCAACACCAUAGAAAUAGAAUGAGAAUAGAAAGGUCUUUGAAGCGUUUGCCGUGGUCAUUUGACGAGUACAAAAGAAAAUGGUGAUUGUUGUGAGUUGUUAUGGUGACAAAGAACGUCAGUGAGGCCAGAAAGUAUGUCACUCCCUAGUUUGAGAGGCCUAUUCUUACACGUGUUCCUUAUUUAACUGAAAAAUACAACCGUACACUAGUCCAAAUUUCUCACUGCCAUCAAACUCAGACUUAUGUUCGCUUAAUUGGCUCGUGAACUCAUCAUAAAACACACCAUUUUAGUCAGUCUUUUUCUUUUCGAUGUGAAAACGUGUUGAUCUACACGCCAUAAUGCUUACUCCAUUGCUCAUUUGAUCGCUACUGCAAAAUCUUACCUCAGUAAGUUUGCAAACUUGCUGCAAGUUGAAUUGUAAAGUUUAUACGUCAACAUAAAAAUGGCCGCCGCUCAGACCAUCCUGCUACGUAGAAUGCUAUUCAUUCUAUUUCUAUGGUCUCCACCACCCAGUCAAAAUAUCUUACCAUUACGCCACAUGAGCCUAGAGGAGAAAUAACUAAGGUUACAGUACUUGUCAGGGGUUUUCACCUGUAGUCAAUGUUCAGUUCUCCGAUGUCUAAAAAGUCCCUCACUCACGACCUACUUGCACACUGCCUCAGCUGCAAUAGGUGUGUGAGCGUGGUUGUGUUUUACUUUGUGUGCAUUUAAAAAUAGAAAGCUUUGAUGCAUCUUUUUUUUCUAUUUUUUUUUUUUUUUCUAAGCUAAUUGUAAUUUCAACCUAUGUGUUUACACCUCACAACACAUGUAGACCUACACACUUGAACAGAUAAGGUGUGGCAUGGCAUGGGGAACCUUUUGUCACUAAACAGUACAUAUAUAAAUAUGAAUAUACACAUGUAUAGAUAAAUACUGUAUAUUAUAUAUAGACGCACACAUAGAGGUCAGAUUGUUUGUCGUGCACUUGCAGCAUGAGGUAUAUAUUUACCCAGAAACGGCGCUUCUUCACAACCUGUGCAGUAAUUGGUCUGCCCAUGUCUUUGCCCCUGCUCCUUGCCCCUCUGUAACCCUGUAGCGCCCAGUGGACAUCCUGUACUGCUCAUCCUAUUUCUUUCUGUGUUCCAAGUGCCAAUAACUUCGUGAAAGCCCUGUAACUGUGACCCAACAUUAUCAAAGGUAAUUGCACAUUAACAACUGUAAAAUAAAUAAAUAAAUAUAAAUCAUAGAGAAAAUGUCAAAAUGGAUUAAAUAAUGAAUAUCUUAAUAAAAGAUUUGUAACAAUUUCUCUCCGAUUCCUUUAUUUACUGGGGGGUUGUUUUGCUGCUUGUUGAGUGCCUGGUUGUUGUU